AUGAAAUUUCAUACUGAUAGUUUUAUCCAUGAUAUUUCUAAGCCUAUGAUAGAAAAAUUUAAUAAAUAUUGGGAAGAUAGUAACUUUUUAUAUAUUAUUGCAUACAUUCUUGACCCUCAUUAUAAGUUACAAUUCAUUUCAUUCUUUUAUCGUGAAAAGAAAAAAUUAGAGCUAGAUAAUCUUAAUGAAAAAAUACAAAAUAUUAGAAAAAAAUUUGAAAAUAUAUAUCUUCAAACUUACAAUUCUCUAUCAGCUAUUAAACAUUCAACUAGUCAUGAAGUUACAAGUACUAAAAAUAAUAUAUCAACAUUUGAGGAUUACAUUAAUGAUUUUUUUGAAUAUACAAUAAGAAGUUCCCGGGCUAGUGAAAAUAAUAUACUUUAUGAGGUUAAUCAAUAUUUAGAUGAACAAAUUGCAACUAAAACUACAAAUAUUUUUGAAUAG